AUGAUGCAGGUGCUUGCCUGGGUGCCUGUCGCACUCUUUGUUACCGGGCACGUCGUGAGCAUUGCCAGCGUCAAAGGACGGAGCAUGAGUCCCACCUUUAAUCCCGCCGACACCCUCGAAUCGCUAUACCCCUCGUCGCUCCCUACGUCCGACAUCGUGCUGCUCAACCGGCUGGUCACUGCGACACGGCGCUACAAAAAGGGGGACAUUGUGACGCUCUACUCGCCGAGCGACCCGAACCUGAUGAUCACGAAGCGCAUCCUCGCGCUCGGCGGCGACACGGUGCGCCUGUGGGUCCCCCGCGGUGUGGACUUUGCGCCCGAGCCGCUGGCCGGGGAGCACGAUGGCAUCACGUCGCUUGCGUACACGAAUAUUUACCACCACGCAUUGCGUGCGCUAGCUACCGAGACGGAUGACCAUGCGAGCGGCGCAUGGCUCACCAUCACCAUCCCUGCAAACCAUGCGUGGGUCGAGGGCGAUGCGAGCCAAAAGCCGCGAUAG